AUGGCGGUGGCGGUGAUGAGCAGCAUCCUGUUGCCGAGCAUUGCCAUGGCAAAGGUACACAUCGUCGGAGACGACAAAGGAUGGGGUGCCGGUGUCGACUACCAGGCUUGGGCUGCCAAUAAGUACUUCGCGGUCGGCGACUUACUUGUGUUCAAGUACGCAGCGGGGAAGGAUCAUGUGUACCAAGUGGACGGGCCUUCAUUCCAUAGCUGCAGUAUUCCGACAUUUGGUGGAUUGUCGAGCGGAAACGAUGUUGUCAUGCUGGAAAUGGUUCAUCGGCGAUCACUGCAUGGGCGGUCAGAAGUUUGUGAUCACCGUGUUCUCCGCCGGGCUUCCAUUUUCUGUGCCACCGGCUGCUUUACCUUCCAGCUGGUGGGUCCCCAGGAAGAAGCCUUCCUCAUACUCUCUUCCUUGAUUGACUUCAUCACUCUGCCUCCAGCCUAUCUAUGUUUGAGAGCAUCUUCAUCUCUUCAAAUAAAUGAACAAUUGCUUUUCUAUUUUAGUAAUAUUCUGGUUGGAGUCUCGCCCAAUAAAUGUGGGGAUUCCAUUCCUUGA